AACAACAACAACAACAAUCAUAUCCCAAUAUGGAUAAUAACGAACAUCAAGGCAUUACAAAACGAACUGUGAUCAUACACAAAGAUUCUCGUGGUUAUGGUAUGCGUAUAUCUGGCGAUAAUCCUGUUUUUAUUCAACACGUUAAUGAAGAAGGAGCUGCCUAUAAAGCCGGUGUACGAUCAGGUGAUCAAAUUGUCAAAGUUAACGGUACAUUAGUAACAAGAAUGGGACAUGCUGAAGUUGUACGUAUGAUACAAUCAUGUGGUGCAUUCGUUGGUUUAACAUUACAUACAACAACAACAAAUACUACUGCGGCAACAGUAUCGCCAAAUUCCAAUCAAUCCUUGAAUAAUACCAAUAACAACAACAAUAAUAAUAAUGGAACCACCAACACCACCACAUUAACUUCAUCAUCAUCGGAUCUUACUUUACGUCAUUUAUCACCAGCUAAUUCACCAAUACCACCAGCCAAUAAUAAUAAUAAUAAUAAUAUUCAAAGUCAUGGCACAAAUUCCGUAUCAAUGACUUCGUCUUCAUCACCAUUUGCAACGGUUUCCACAUCUUCCAAUUAUUCAUCAAUGUAUCCAAUGAAUAUGGUUAUAUUGACUAGUAAUAAUCCAAUACAGAUAACAGGACCACAACCGGUACCAGAAUCAACACAACAACAAUAUCAUGAAAAUCAAAUUCGUACAUUGAAAGAGAUGAUAAAUAAAGAACAUAGACAUUUGGAAGGAUUGAAAUUAAUGUGUGCAAAACAGACAGAAUUGGAUAGCUGCCAGAAACGUAUCAAUGAAAUGACAUCUAAAUUAGAGAUGCAUCAAUCAAAUAUAACCGCAUAUAUGAACAACAACAGCAGUAGUAAUAAUCAUAGUAGACAACAUAGCUUUGAAAAUUCUACAUCCCCAUCUGUUCAGGAUUUUUCCUCACCAUCCAUCAUCACUCAUCAUCAUCAUCACCAUCAACGUACAAAUUCAUCUGAUCAAUCAAUAAUUGGUUCGAAUUCUAAAUCACCACGUAUAAUGCCAAUGGAUGAAGAUGUGGAUAAUGAUGCAGAAAAUUCCGGUAUCUAUCCAUAUGAAUAUAUUGAAGAUUUUGAUAUCGAUCGUGAUGUUGCUCGACAACAAUCUGCUGAUUUAACAUCCUCAACUGCUAAAUCAUCAACAAUAGGCAUUGCUAAAUCCGUAUCAAAUCCUUCGGUUUCAUUACGACCGGGUAAUAAUAGUAGAGAUAAGACAAAACGUGAUUCGAAAAUUAUGCCAAUAUUUGAAACACCAAUUGAAUCAUCAAGUGGUGGUGGUGGUGGAUCGAUAUUAAAUCCAAAAUCAUGGUAUAAUAUACAUCUAGAUUCAUUGCGUAUGAGUCGGUAUUUGAUUCAGCAUAAAAUGCAACCACCAAAUGAAUUAUUAUUCUAUGUUAUGGCGAGAAAUGUAUUUCCAAGAAUUGUUACAUCAACGGCCAUUCCAGCUGUAAAUAAAUUUCAAGUGAUACAACGAUGGGCCUAUCAAAUUAUAGCCACAUUUGUUACAAAAGAAUCACCAUUAUUUAUACAAGAAUUUCCACCAGAUUUUCUGGAACAAUUUGAUCGUAAUCUAACGGCAUUAAUAUCGGCAAAUCCAUCAGCAACAGAUGUUAUCGCUAGCCCAUUUGAUCCAUUUUUAAUGGCCAUCUAUGAAACAUUACGAAAACAAUGGGAAGAAUUUAUGAUGGCAACAUCAUCAUCAUCACAGAUGAUGAAUUCGAAUCCUAAACAUGAUCUACAGGCUAUUAUUGAAAUGUUGUUCACAACACAUACACAUAUUUGUAUGACACCACAACAACAGCCUAGUACACCAACAAUAGCAACAAAUUCAAAUAUGAAAAUUGAUCUUCGUGAUAUUGAUCCAAUAUUGGAUUCAUUUGUUGCAUUAGUAAAAUCUCAUCAAUCUGAAUCAACAAUGGCAUUGAUUAGUUCAUUAUUAGCUAUUGGUCGUUAUAUAUUCCACAUGACAACAUCUAAACAUUGUUUACUACUUGAAUGUUCAGGUCCUGGAUCAUCAUCAUCGUCAUCGUUUUCAUCAUCGAUAUCUUCUGCAUUACCUAUAAACAGCAACAAUUCGACUAAUACAAAUACAAGUAAUAAUCUGGCUCAAGUACCAACUUUGAAUCCAUUGCUUAAAUUAUCAUCUGAAUCAUCUCGUUCAUCAAAAUCUGGUCAUAAACGUAAUUCAAUGAUACCGAUUGGAUCGAAAUCAUUUACAUCAUCAUCUGGUUCCCAUUCAUUAGAUUUACAUUCACAUUCCAAUGUUGGAUCCGGUAUCACUGGUAGUGGUGGCGGUGGCGUUGGAAGCAUAGUAUCAUCAUCAAAUUUAUUAGCCAACAGUGGAUUUACAAUCGAAGAUCGAUCACAUUCAUUCGUAUCGAUAGUUGAAAUGAAUCAUAUAAUCUACUGUACUAGCUGUAUGUUACCUAUGUGGGGUGAUCCAUAUACAUGGAAAUGUACAAAAUGUUUAAUGUAUACACAUCAAUGGUGUAGAAAAAUUGCCGCUGCCAACAAUAUUUGUAAUAAUGAUACUCAUCAUCAACAUCAGAAUUCAACAUCAUCACAGCAAUCACAAUCUGGUAGUAUUAAUAAUAAGAAUAAUCGACGUGCAAAAUCGGAAAAGAAAUCUGUAUUUGAAAAAUUUGCCGUUGGAAAACGUCGACGUAAUCAUCCUAGUGAUUUUAAUAUUUUUACUUCAUUAGCUCGAACACAAUCAUCGUGUUCAUCAUCAUCAUCCACAUCAUCGAUAUCUUCGGAAAUUUCUAGUUCUGAUUUAGAUGAUUUUAUUCUAUCUACCACAAACUUGACAACACCAAACAACAAUAACAACAACAACAAUAAAAACACUGUCGAAGAUGAUGGUUCAAUGUUGACAAACAGAAAUCAAGAAUGUUCAAAUAUUAUAGCAUCCACAUCGGCAACACCAAAUCUAGUGAAUCGUUCCGGUUCGUUUGUUCAAAGAAAAAAGAAAAAAUCUUGUACAUCAGUUGGAUCACCACGAAAACGAUCCGAUCCGGCAUUAACUUCACGGCAGAUGAUUUCAACGAUGGCUAACAAUGGCCAGAAUAUGAUGAUCGGUGGUGUAGAAACCGUAGUUGCUGCAACAAGUGGAACAUUACCUCAAUUGACUAGUGCUAGAUCAAGUGGUGCAUUAAUGAAUUCUGCUUCUGUUGGUGCACAUGAUUCUGUUCAAUUUCGACCAAUUACCGGUCAAAGAGCCAAACAUAUGACUGCAUCGGAUUCAUCAUUAAUGUCAGUCACAUCGCAUUCAAUGAAAUCACGGAAUCCCAUUCCUGGUAGUAGUAGUAAUGGUGGUAAUGGUGUACCAAUUUUCUCAAAUACUGAAAGUCAAAAAUCUUCAUCUACAAAUCUAACAUCUACUUCUUCACCGCGACGUACUCGACAUAGAAAUACAAACGAUUCGGCUAUUCAAAUGGAUGGUAGCUCAGAAGAUGAUAUCGAUGAUCAACAAUUGAAUGAAAGUGAAACACCAGCUACAACCAUAUUGAAUGAAACUGAUGUUGAAAAAACAAUUCCACAGCCACCUCCACCACCACCACCGCCACCGUCAUCAUUAGUGCCACCUCCAUUACCCCCUAGACCUGAUUCACAAACGGAAAAACGUCGACAAAUUCAGAUGGAAAUCAUUCAAACAGAAGAGGAACAUUAUGAAGUGUUACGACAUAUACGAAAAAUCUAUCAAAAACCGUUGAAAAAAGAAAAAUUAUUCAGUUCCGAACAAAUUGAUAUUAUUUUCGGUAACAUUAAAGAAUUACGUCUCAUACAUAAGAAAAUUUUCGUCAAAAUGAAUCAUGCACACAAACUACAUAUGCAAUCGAUGAGUUUGGAUUCGUAUUAUUUGGAAGAAACGUUACAUGAAAUAUUCUGUGGUGAACUUGGCACACAGCUUGAACAGGAAGCAAGUAAAUUCUGUGUGAAUCGUAAAAUUCGAAAUGGAACUGAACUAUGGAAUCAACGGAAAAAAGAUUCUCGUUUACGUCAAUGGGUCGAUUCUGAAUGUCGUACACGUUCGAUACCGGAUAAUCCAUUGGCUCGUUUAGGUCUGGAUGAUCUGUUGAGUCGUGUUUUUCAACGUCCCCUUCGUUAUCCAUUAUUGUUUGAACGAUUGCUGAAAUCGACGCUCAAAGAUUCACCUGGCCAUCGAUAUUUGGAACAAGUGAUGAUCAGUAUACGUCGUUCGAAUGAACGAAUAAAUGAAGAAACGAAAAAAGCUGAAUUACGUGCCAGACUUGUCGAAUUGAUACGUAAAACAGAUUUUUCCAAUUCAUCGUUUCAAGUUAAUCUUGAACAACAUGAAUUAUUGCAUGAAGGUCCACUUAUUUGGCGAAUUACCAAGCAAAAACUAGUCGAUGUUUUACUCGUACUUACUGAUCAGAUCAUUCUCGUAUUGACACGUGAAUCAAAUGAUCGUUAUGUACUUCGGACACACAUUAAUCCGACAACUAAACACGAACAUCGUCCACACGUUAAAAUGGAUGAUUUAUUGAUGCGUGAUGUAGCUACCGAUCAAUCGGCAUUCUUUUUAGUGUCUAAAAAUCAAGAUAUUAUCUAUGAAUUUGCCGCACAAACAACUAGUGAACGUAAAAAAUGGAAAGAAAUCAUAACUGAAGCUAUUAAUAAAUAUCGUACAAAUCGUUCGAUACCUCAUCAAUUACAAACACAAAGAUCAUUCACAUCAUCACGAUCAAUGACCAUGAUGGAUCUUAAAUCAACUACUACAAAUGAUUUGAUAGCAAACAAUCAUCCCCAUUAUCAUCAUCAACAUCAGCAUCAACAACAACAACAACCACCUCCAUUACCACCGCCGAUUCAAAAUCGACCAUUGCCUAAGCCUCCAAUCGAUAGUCAACAUUCAUCAUCAUCACCACCACCACCAAUUCCUCCACCAUCAGCAGCAUCAUUCGCUAAUAGACCAUUACCACAACCACCUAGUGAUUCUACACAACCACCUCCUUUACCUUCGACACCAUAUCCUACACGGGUGGAUGGAAAUGUACAAGUGGUCACUGCAAAUGAAAGACAUCCAUCAAAUAUAGAUUUUAUACCGUUCUCUCAGGUUAAAAUUAGUUCUGAACAGAAUCGAUCCGGACAGUUAAAUCGUAAUAAGACCGAUGAUCUGCAGGAAAUUAGUGAUAAUCUACAGAAUAUGAUUCAAGAACGUCGUCGUUCUGGUAUUCGAAAUUAUGAGGAUUUAGCACGUGAAAUACGUGAAAUGUCAUUAGUGUAUGAUGUUGCUAAACAUGAUGAUUCCAAAGAAAUUUUAAUCCGUCUCAUAACCGACAUGUUUCGAAAAGCAACCGAAUGGAGCUAUCAUCUUAUACAGGAUAAUGAUCCGGCUAAACAAGAAUUAUCACAACGUGUCCGUAAUUCGGUUGAAUCAUUUGUUAAAUCACAUAUCGAUUCAAAUUUUAUUCUACCAUUACCCGGAGAUGAUAUCGAUUCAAAUGUUGAAUGUCCGGAGACUUUAUUCGAUAAUAAUAGCAGACAACCAUCAACAUUAACAAACGAUAAUAUUAGCGCUAGUCCAUCUUCAUCAUCAGCCAUUGUUGAAUCGAUAAUUACACCGAUGAUGGCUAACGUACGGCUUUCAGCGUCAGCACCAACAGCUCCUAGGCCACAUUCGCUGACUCGAAUUCGACGAUCACUUAGUGAUAAUUAUGAAAAGUCCGAUAAAACCAAGAAGACUGGACUUGAACCAAUCAUUCAUGAUGAUCUUGAUUCGAAUUUGAUUGAUAAUGAAAGUAAUGAUAAUAAUUAUGAUAUUGUUACUGAGGAAAAUUUUCGUUUUAAUACAACACAAAAGCCAAAAUUAACUUCAAGUUUAUCUCAAACCAUAAACGAUUCAUCCAAUAUGGAAACAUUCGAUAAUAUUACACAGUUGAAAUCUAAAAGUCAACAUAAUUCAUCUAGACAUUCAGCACCAAUCAUAUCACCAGUUCCAUUAUCAUCCUCAUCUUCAUCAUCAAAUCCAUUUAUUUCAUCCGAAAUAAUGAAUGCUGCAAAUAAUAUCAUGACCGCAACACCAACUGCAGCUGCAACUACAACAACAACUAAUCUAGAGAUUAAUUCAUUAGGUUUUACUGAAGAAUUUGUAGUUGUUCUUGAUGAUGGUGAUGUUGUUGUUGAUGACGAAAAUAAUCAUCAUUUAGAUGACCAUCCUAAUAAUUUGAACAACGAUAACCAUCACCAUCGACAACAAAUAGACAAUGAUGAUGCUGAUGAUGAAUUGAUAUCGAACGAUGUUGAUAAAGAAAAUUUAUCUAUAUCGAAUACCGCCAAUGAACAUAAUCAAACAACACAAAAUAUUACAACACCGACUGUGACGACAACAACAUCAACAAGUCAAAUGUAUCUGAUUUGAUGUUGAUGAUGAUGAUGAGAUUUAUUCUUUCUAUUCUUCCAAGUAUUUUUUUUUCUGUUAUCUUGAAAUAUGUCUAACCACACCCCCACAUUCUCUAUAUAG